AGUUUUACCACUAUGACCUAGAUCUAUAGGCAUACUACUAAUACUACUUUUAAGUGGGCCUACUUUAUUGUUUGAGCCUAUUAAUUAAUUAUUAUGGUGUAAAAUUAGUCUUUUGUAGUCGACCUAUUUAUAAUAUUAUUUUUCACUGAUGCCGAAAUUUAGAUCAACCUUGAUCCUUGACUGAGAAACAAAAUCGGAGUUUCCCAAAUAGAAAUUCUGGUGAAUCACGGAAGAAGUUUGAACCCAGGACCCAGACCAAGCAAACUGAAAAACGUACUUGGGGUCAUUGUCACCAUUGUCACGGCAUUGUGAGUUCACAUAAGCAUCUGUUACAACCUCCUACUACUAUCACGCAAAAUUUGUCAUGGGAUUUUGUGUUUAUAUCUUUUUAUGCUAAAGAGGAUAUUUAAUAUCAAUUAUGGCAACAGGAAAUAAUAGCAAAGCUAAUACAGUUGCAGGUUCUUAUGGCAGUGCCAGGAGCAGACAAGAAACUGCAGCAACUGCUAUAGCUGAACUUACCAGCAUUCAGAGAGAACCUACAGCUAGGCCUAACUAUGAUGCUGAAGCUACACCAGCAAAGUCGCUGGAUCCAGAAGCUGCACUAAAUGAAGCACCAGCUCUGUCGUCCUCAUUUAACAGCACAGAUCGACCAAAUAUUUCUGCAGAUGAAAGGCCUCAUUCAGCAUCUGAUCUUGGCAUUAAUUCAAGGGAUAAUUUAUUAGAUAUAUCUUUAAAAUCUAAACGCUCAGACAGACAGAAUGAUCCUGAAAGAAGUACAGAAGCAACUGUAGAGAGUGCUUUCCAACAGCUGGCUUUGAACAUUCCAGUGUCAUUAGAUACAGAUGUUGGUGCUAUUGGCAUAGCAGAGAAUCAACCGUCUUUCCGCACAGUAUCUUCCUUUGGUCUUAAUGGAAGAAGCAAUGAAAAAGGUGUACAUCCACAGUGCCCAACAGACACUGGUGAUUCAGCACUCUUCAGUCAAACAAGUUCAUCAGACAAAAAUAGCAACCGUUUAACUUCUUUAAGUUCUAUUGAAGAUAACACAUUCAACAUUUCGCUUACAAGUAAUGUUUGCGAUAGUCAAAGAAGACAUCCUAUUAUACCGCCUAACCAUCAGCAGGCUAACCAUAUACCAGUCUAUGGUGGUGCUGCUGCUGCUCCAAGCCAAGGUCCCCCAAGCAGUACUAUAUCUAUGCGGUCAGAAAUUCCAAAUGACUGUCUAGUACGGAAGUUACCCAGAAAGAUGAUUCAGCUAGUUGCAUCUCAUCUUCAGUGUAAACUAAUGCAUGGAACAUGGAAAGACCUGGUGGAACUCCAUGACUGGAAUUAUGACCGGACCUUCAUCUUUGAGCACCAACCACACCCUGAGGGAAUAUUUUUCUCACUACUUAGAGAGAACGAGUUCCAGAAUUAUACCUUAGAUGAGCUUCGUAGAGACUUAUUUAAUAUUCCCCGCAAGGACAUUCUGCAUGAUUUAAAUGAGAUGAUCCAACAGCAUAAUGAAGGAGCAGCCAAUCAGGUGCACAGACUAAGCUCACGCACUUAGUUGUGCCCUAUCAGUGACCAUUUCACUCAAGAAAAAAACCUUUUAAAUUGUGAUUUACCCCGGUAUGAUGUGUUAAAGCUUGUUAAAAUAUGUAGGAAAACACCUAUGUUAUCAAGCAUUGACAAAAUGAGAUUCACAUUUUUAUAUAUUUAUCUUUCUUGUGUUUUGUGCCUUUUAUAAAAUGGUGGCCAUCAAAGAUAUAGGCCUAUACAUGGAACAUCUGCUUACUGAUAUGAUUGCUAUUGAUCCUCAUAAAAGUGAUGUUGGUCUUCACAUUGUCUAUAUGACUCUUACUUGAGUUGUCAAGGUGUUUUCUAGUAAUUCUAGAGAUGUUGGUGGGGACAGUAUAUAUUUUCGUGAAUUAUGGUUAAUUCUUUUAAUUUGGACUUUAAAAAUAAGAUGCUGUACCCAUAAAACUCGUGAUUUUAAUAACUUAAAUAUAACUUAAGCGUGGUCAAUGGUAGAGCUUGAAGACUGCUAACCCAAAAGGUUUGGGUUUAGACCCCAGGCUCAUGUCACGUAGGAUGUCUCUUGAGUCAGUCUUUCUUGGAUGAAUACAUGACUCAUCUUUGGGAAAGUAAAGGCAAGUGGCUCCUUGGCUUAGUACUGCCCACAGUAUCUUCAUAUGCUGAGGUCACACAGACAGGUGAACUAUACUUCAAGUGCAAAAGGGUACUUAACCUGCCUACCAUGUGCAUUUAGGUUCUGGCAUAUGCUAGUUUGGCCAGGAUAACCUCCCAUAGCUGCUCUGACUGUUUUGUGCAACUGAAGUAAUUUUUAACUUUUUAUCUUAUGCAAGGUUAAGAAAACAACCCUUGCAUGUCACAUCCAAAUAUUUGAUCAUAUACCUGCCUAUCCAGUCAUAAAAAAUAAAAUUGU